GUCCCUUUCGGGCCUGGAACCGGGGAAACCAGCUUUCGCGAGGCGGGAAGCCGCAUUGGGAAGUCCGGCGUCCGACUCCGGCGCCUCGGCUAGGUUGAGAGGCCUAAUCGGCGAGGGCGGAACUCGCGGGCGCGGGGCGUGGUUUCCGGAGGGAGCGCCUUCCGGGUGGCUCCGGCGCGCUUCCGCCUCCUCCCGCAGCGGCGGCUCGCUUCCUUCCCGGUAACGGACUCGGCGGAGGCCCCGCCCGCGAUGGCCGUGGAGGCUUGAGGGCCGGUGGCCGGAGGAGGAGGAGGAGGAGGAGGCGGCGGGAUGGAUCCUGUCGGGCCCGGCGGGGGCGCCGGCGGGAAGCCGAACCUGCAGAUGGUCUACCAGGCCGUGCAGGCGCUCUACCACGACCCGGACCCCAGCGGCAAGGAGCGCGCCAGCCUCUGGCUCGGGGAGCUCCAGCGCUCGGUCCACGCCUGGGAGAUCUCCGACCACUUGCUACAGAUCCAUCAGGACGUGGAGUCCUGCUACUUCGCAGCCCAAACCAUGAAGAUGAAAAUCCAGACCUCGUUCUAUGAGCUCCCCACCGAUUCCCACGUCUCCCUCCGCGACUCCCUGCUUUCCCACAUCCAGAACUUGAAGGACAUGUCCCCCGUCAUCGUCACCCAGGUACAAUAACGACGUGACCUCCCUGCCUUUCCUGCUGGAGAUCCUGACGGUGCUCCCCGAGGAGGUUCACAGCCGGUCCUUGCGGAUCGGCGCCAACCGGCGCACCGAGAUCAUCGAAGACUUGGCCUUCUACUCCAGCACGGUGGUCUCCCUCCUGAUGACCUGCGUGGAGAAAGCCGGGAGCGACGAGAAGAUGCUCAUCAAGAUCUUCCGUUGCCUGGGAAGCUGGUUCAACCUGGGCGUUCUGGACAGCACCUUCAUGGCCAACAGCAAGUUGCUCUCCCUGCUUUUUGAGGUUCUGGUGCGUGUCCUGGGGGGUCCCACCCCCCCCACCCCUUCACAAGCCUCGGAGGGGCAACUGGGGCACUCAAGUGCCGAGAAGGAAGACGCCGUUGCGGGUGUCGGAACUUGGGGGUGGGAGCAAAGCCAUGGUGGUAGGAGCGGAACAAUCUCCCCCUUUAUGUCACCACACGCAACUGAAGGGAUCCCCGAGGAAACGGAUGAUUUUGGGGAGUUCCGGAUGCGAGUCUCGGAUCUCGUCAAGGAUUUGAUCUUCCUGGUUGGCUCCGUGGAAUGUUUUGCUCAGAGAGAACAAUCCCACUCUGGUGGAAGUACUGGACGGAGUGGUGCGCCUCCCCGAAGCUGUGCACACGGCAGUGCGCUACACCAGCAUCGAGCUGGUGGGGGAGAUGAGCGAAGUGGUGGACAGGAACCCCCAUUUCCUGGAUCCGGUCCUGGGCUACCUGAUGAAGGGCUUGUGUGAAAAAGCCCUCGCCUCCAUCGCCGCCAAAGCCAUCCAUAACAUUUGCUCGGUGUGCCGGGACCACAUGGCCCAGCACUUCACCGGCCUGCUGGAAAUCGCCCGUUCCCUGGACUCCUUCAUGUUCUCGCCCGAAGCAGCUGUCGGACUCUUGAAAGGGACGGCGUUGGUGCUCGCCCGGCUACCACUGGAGAAGAUCUCGCCAUGCCUCAGUGAACUCUGUGCCGUUCAGGUGAUGGCCCUGAAAAAGAUCCCUACUGAUCCCAGUGGUGGCAAGAAUCAGGCCAAUCUCAGUGCCGUACGCUGA